AUGGACAGACGAAGAUCACGAUACCCGAACGAUCGCGACGCGAUAUAUGGUAAUUUUGCAUACAGAUAUAGAAGCCCUCCAGUUAGAGAUUUCACUGAUAUUUUCCAGAAGAUGAAGUUAUCUAUCAAUUUAUUGGCGAAAUUAAAACCCUACAUCAACGCACCCAAUUCUCCCGAGCUCGUCCAUUUCCUCUUCACACCACUCAGCCUCGUAUUUGACGCCAGUCGAGAUCCAACAAUUCGGCAUUUGAAUUUGUCAGAGAGUGCUAUUGUACCAAUGUUGACCGCUGCUGCAAAAGAUCUCUUGUUGAAUUGUCUCACUUCCAAAGAAAUUGAGCUUUGGAAAUUAUUGGGGCGAAAUUGGACAAUGACUGUAGACGAAUGGAAAGGUCUUCUACCAUUUUAUACACCCAAGUUCUAUGACGGUUGGGAACCUUCACCAAGUCUUUAUCCUUCCGUGGAAGCAAGUCAGCCUAGUCCUACCACAGUCACUUCAAAUAUAGAAGUACACUCCAACCUAGAGAACAGUACAGGCAUCAUGCAUAUACCUGUUGUAAUCGAAGAGAAGCCAUCAUUGCCAACAAUUUUGGAUAACACAUCUGCCACCGGAAAUACAAGGGAACUUAAAUUAAAGAAGGGCGAUAUCGUCGGACUGAUCGAUAAUACGAAGAAUUGGUGGAAGGUUCGUAAUCAGGAAGGAGUGAUUGGGUUUGCCCCUUAUACCAUAUUAAGCACCUUGAAAGAAAAUGAUGAUCGAAUCGCUUUCAAGUUCUAAAUUAUGUAAAGACAUGUUGUAAUGAAAUCCAGUGGACUGGAGAAUAUUUAUGCACUAUCAUACCCAAAGCUGUUGACACGUUAAUGUGGUAAAAAAGUCAUUGUAUAAUUGUUAGAUUGAGAUUUUGGAAUUUGUUUAGGAUGUUUCUCAUAGACAAAUUGCGUCUAAUUGACAUAGGUUUCGAAUAUCAGGAAAUUGAACACGGAAUGCUUAGAUAAGAGUUGAGUGACUAUAGGGAGAGACUUCUAUAUAGUUUACAAGCAUAUAUGGGGAGCUUACAGAACAGGAGUUCGCCAUACUCGAUUCCCGAUUCUAUACAUUUUGACAAUGUGAACUGUAUAUUUACAAUAGUAUAUUAUAUCAUUGUAAAUACACAGUUCAAUAAUUAUCCUCCAUAUUUUUUUCAUAAAAAACAUAUCACGAGAUUUUUACAGAUACAAACACUCUAGAUUGACAAAAUAUAGAUAAUAUUUUGUUUUGUUAAAGUUUAUAACAUUUUCUUUGCAAUGAGUUCACGAAACUAAACUUUAUCAAAACGGUAUUUCAGUCGGAUUGAAAAUGUGUAUUUGGUGGAAUUGUAAUCAUUUGUUUAAACGUUACAUCACUCACAAUAUCAUGUAUUAUUUUGUUAUAAUUCUAUCAAUGUAAAUUGUAUAUAUGAAGGUGCUUUACCUGUUACAGAAAAUAUUAAAAUUCAGUAAAUGCAAA